AUGGACAAAUUCCGGAUGGUCUUCCAGUUCCUGCAGUCCAACCAGGAGUCCUUCAUGAACGGCAUCUGCGGCAUCAUGGCCCUGGCCAGCGCCCAGAUUUACUCGGCCUUCGACUUCAACUGCCCCUGCCUGCCGGGCUACAACGCAGCCUACAGCGCGGGCAUCCUGCUGGCUCCGCCGCUGGUGCUCUUCCUGCUCGGCCUGGUGCUGAACAACAACGUGUCCAUGCUGGCCGAGGAGUGGAAGCGGCCGCUGGGCCGCCGGGCCAAGGACCCCGCCGUGCUGCGCUACAUGUUCUGCUCCAUGGCCCAGCGCGCCCUCAUCGCGCCCGUGGUCUGGGUGGCCGUCACGCUGCUGGACGGCAAGUGCUUCCUCUGCGCCUUCUGCACCGCCGUGCCCGUGACCGUGCUGGGCAACAGCAGCCUGGCACCCAGCCUCACCCCGCCAGAGCUCGCCCGCCUGCUGGCCCGGGUGCCCUGCCCCGAGAUCUACGACGGCGACUGGCUGCUGGCCCGGGAGGUGGCCGUGCGCUACCUGCGCUGCAUCUCCCAGGCCUUGGGCUGGUCCUUCGUGCUGCUGACCACGCUGCUGGCAUUUGUCGUGCGCUCCGUGCGACCCUGCUUCACACAGGCCGCCUUCCUCAAAAGCAAGUACUGGUCCCACUACAUCGACAUUGAACGCAAGCUCUUCGAUGAGACGUGCACGGAGCACGCCAAGGCCUUCGCCAAGGUCUGUAUCCAGCAGUUCUUCGAGGCCAUGAACCAUGACCUGGAGCUGGGUCACACCCACGGGGCGCUGGCCAUGGCCCCUGCUAGCUCAGAUGCCCCAGCUGCCACGGACAGUGCCAAGGAAGAGAGGGAGAAGCUUCGCGGCAUCACCGACCAAGGUGCCAUGAACAGGCUGCUCACGAGCUGGCACAAAUGCAAGCCGCCCCUGAAGCUGGGCCAGGAGGAGCCCCUGAUGGGCAACGGCUGGCCAGGGGGUGGGCCCCGGCUUCCACGCAAAGAGGUGGCCACCUACUUCAGCAAAGUGUGA